AUGAAUAUUCGACUUGCCAGGAUGGACGAUUUGCCUGGUAUGCAAGCGACAAAUCUCCAAAAUCUACCUGAAAACUACUUGAUGAAAUUCUGGAUAUAUCAUGCUGCAACAUGGCCUCAAAUUUCUUUCGUCGCAGAGGACCACAAAGGUCGCAUCGUCGGCUACGUGCUCGCGAAAAUAGACGACGAAUCCGCCGAUAAGGGGGAGGUGCAUGGCCACGUUAACUCUAUUUCAGUGUUGCGAUCAUAUCGGCGGCUGGGUCUGGCGAAGAAACUGAUGCUUUUGUCUCAAGAGGCUAUGGUGGAUGUAUAUAAAGCAUCUUUCGUGUCGCUUCACGUACGCAAGUCCAACAAGGCGGCAAUAGGCCUGUAUAGAGAUAGCCUAGGGUUUGAGGUUGUUUCGGUGGAGCAAAAAUAUUACGGCGACGGAGAAGAUGCGCUGAAUAUGCGUCUCACUAUGAAACGUUAA